CCAGGCGAGUAGCGCGCGGAGUGGGAUUGCUGCGGGGAAAUUUGGAUUCCAUUUGAUUUUAGUUGCUUUUUAUUCAUACUUUUAAUAUACAUUAUAUACAUACAUAUAGAAAGAAAGUAAAGGUACAGACGAUCAUUGAAAGAAAGUGAUGUCGAGCAGCGGGCUGGCUAUCAGCGUCCCCAACACUGAAGAAAGCACUGUUUUUGCUCAACUGAAACCUGUGGCCAUGGCCGACGGUGCCUCAGGGGAGCAGCCGGUGUUUGAAGACAUCAAACCGCCAGUCAGGAUGCUGGAGACGCAAAACGAAUUGUCUCAGACGAAUAUAUUUCUAGGAGAAGAUACUAUUAAAUCAUCAGGUUUACUGAAGUCACAUUUAUUGCAACUGCUGCAAACAAAUGCAUCAUCUCCAAGUCAAGUAAAAUCAGAAAUGGACAAGUAUCUGGCCCCGCUAAUUCCACCAGCUCCAACAAUUCUGGACCAGAAGAAAUACCGAAGGGAGAGUGCCUCAGUAGUAGACGAGUUUUUUGAGGAGCAAAUUACAUCUCCAUACAGCUUGAAUAUCAACCUAAUUCUGCCUGAUAUCACACACCUGAGAACAGGUCUUUACAGAUCUACAAAGCCAGCCCUCCCACAAGUAAAGACGGAGCAAGACACUAAUUUUACCCAGUCGUGCACAUCCAGCACGAUAAAUGCCCUGCCUGAGUUCACCAGUGUGUUCAGUGUGCCACACUCAGUUCCUGUGAAUAAUAUUUUCAUCAAGCAAGAGGCCCCUUCCCCAGAUCUACCGCUCCCUGUCAGUUCACAGCAACCCCAGAUGUACCAAAUGCCAAUGAACACAGAUGUUGUCAAUAUGCCUUUGAGCUCCACACAGUCACUCAGCAACACUACAGUUAUUCACAGUCGUAACAAUGUCACCAUGUCAACAGGCAUGGGUAGACCAAACAAUCCAUGUUCCCAAUCUUCAGUUAAACAUUUUCAAACUGUUGUAUCCACACCAAAUGGCUAUGUUGUGCCAGCCCAAUUUUAUCAGCAGCAGAAUUCAUACUUACCACCCUCACCACCUAACUCCCAGCCUGGUAGCCCAGAAAACCAGCCCGAACUGAUCAAUACACUCUCGCCUCCUCCAUCAUAUGCUGCAUCAGUGGCAUCAAAGAUCGUCCAUCAUUCGCAGAUCCACAAUCUUCCACCCACUUUGCAGACAUGUCAACCUAGCUUCCAGCAAACGAAAUAUAGUCGACGUAACAACCCUGAGUUGGAGAAGCGACGCAUUCAUCACUGUGAUUUCCCAGGCUGCACUAAAGUUUACACCAAGAGUUCUCAUUUGAAAGCCCACCAAAGAACCCACACAGGUGAAAAACCAUACAAGUGUACAUGGGAAGGUUGUGAUUGGCGUUUUGCUCGCUCUGAUGAACUUACCAGACACUACAGAAAGCACACAGGAGCUAAACCUUUCAAGUGCAUCGCUUGUGGUCGUUGCUUUUCACGUUCGGAUCACUUGGCUCUUCACAUGAAGAGACACCAGAAUUAGACCAAGUGUGACUGACAGAUAUCUAAAGUGUACAGAUGAACUAAAUACUGCCAUUUCCACACACAUAUACAGGAGAUAAAUAGCUGCAUCUAUAUGAAAGAAUAUAUUGUUGGUAGUAGAAUGAUGUUUAAGUGGAAAACAAUUAUGCAAUGCAUUCAAUUCACAGAAAAAUGUAUUAUUUAUUCUGUAUUUCCUGAAAGCAAACCUGAAAUGUUCUAGAAAACAUGAAAUUAUUGGGGAACUGCAAUAAAUUUCUAUAUUCAACAAAUGAUUUAAUUUGGAAUGUGAAUUUGGAACUUAAAUUAGCUGAUAGUCAUAGUUAAAUAGACUGAUUAUUAAGGGAUGCAAAGGCACUCAAUAUAAGUAUAGUCUUGAAAUGACUGAAAGUGGUGUUAUUAUACAACUAACACAAUCUGAUGUUAGCCUUCCCUCCGCAUUGUAUUAACAGAAGAGAUAACUUAUAUUCUUCUUUAACAAACUGGCAUCCAGUAAAGAGAGGGAUUUCUUGAGGAUGAUAGUGAAAGCUUCAGGUUGAAUUGGGCAGUUUGAGGGAGUGGGCAGAUAUAUAGCGUAUAUGAUGUGGAUAACUGUGAGGAUGAUAGUGAAAGCUUCAGGUUGAAUUGGGCAGUUUGAGGGAGUGGGCAGAUAUAUAGCGUAUAUAAUGUGGAUAACUGUGAGCUCUUCCGCUUUGGUGGCAAUGAUAAAAAGCAGGUUAUCAGAAUAACAGUAAACUGGGAAAGGGGGAGAGUAAUGAGGUUGAACUUCCCUUCUGUUCCAGUUCCUGAAGUAAGCACGCUUAUGUAGCAGACAAUUAAGAAGAAAAUUCAUGCACUGAUCUUCACAGCAAGAGGAUUCGAGCAUAGAAGCAGUGACAUGUGCAUUUCUGGUUUCCUUAUCUGAGGAAGGAUGUUCUUGCCAUGCAAGGGGAUCAGUAAAGAUGAUUCCUAGGAUGGCAGGACUGACAGAUGCGGCUGGGUUAAUUAAACUUACGAUUAAUAGAUUUUAGAAGAGUGAUAGGGAAACUUAUAAAAGCUGCAAUAUUCUAACAUUUAGAUGCUCCCGGUGGGGUGGGGAAGAGAUUGAAAUCCAAAGGUAAGAAGAAAGCCUUUUAUGACUGAGAAGAAUUUCUUCUCGCAGAGAAUUCUGACCCUGUGAAAUCCUCUGUCACAGAAAGCAAUUGAUGUCAAAAGACCAAGUAUAUUCAACAAGGAGUUAGGUAUUGAUCUUUGGGGAAGAGGUACGAGAAGGAAGCUGGAAUAGGGUACUGAUUUUAGUUGAUCAGCUAUAAUCUUAUGGAAUGCGAGAGGUUCAGAAUCAGGUUUAAUAUCACUGGCAUAUAUCAUGAAAUCAUGAAAUGCGGCAGCAGUAGAUUGCAAUGCAUAAUAAUAAAAACUAUAAAUUACAGUAAGAAGUGUUUAUGAAAAAAAGAAAAUGAAAUUAAGUAAUGCAAAGAGAGGAAAAAAUAUUGAGGUAGUAUUCAAGGGUUCAUCAUCCAAUCAGAAAUCUGUUGGCAGAAGGAAGAAGCUGGUCCUGAAACAGUAAGAGCCUGUAUUCUAGCUCCUGUACUUUCUCCUCGAUGGUAGCAACUGUAAGAAGGCAUGUCCUACCUGAUGAGGAUUCUUAAUGAUGAAUGCUGCAUUUAUUGAGGCAUCACCUUGAGGCAUGUCCUCGUUGCUGGAGAGGCUGGUGCCCAUGAUGGAGCCAGCUGAGUUAACGACUUUCAGCAGCUGUUUCUGUUCCUUUAAUGCUCUGCUCUUUUUAUCUCAUGUUUAGAAGUUGGGACAGAUAUUUGUCUCAUCCUGUGUGAAUGACCUUCCCUGAAGAGAGUACUGCUUAAAGAAUCUGUGCCAGGGAACUAUAAUCUCAUCCAUGGUUUGCGUUGUCACCACAGGGAGCACAGGAUUACUGUAACUCCCUUUAACGGUUCAUCAGUUUAGUAUGUAUACAAUGGACUUCAAUGCAGUGGUAUCGUUCACAGACAUUCCUUUGCUUAUUUUGGCAGAAGAUUAUUUUAAAAACAUUUAGGAAGAUAGAUAGAAUCAGAAGCCGUUAAAAAACAUGAAAAUAAAGAACAUUAGAUUACAACAUUGACAAAUGCAGACAUGGUAGGCCUGAAACUACUGUAUAAUGAGUUGAUUCAGUGAAGGUUCUCUUUUUCAGCUCUGCGUACUGGAACUGCAGUGCACAGUACAGGCAUUACAGCACAUCUGUAUCUUGAUUUUAGAAAGGAAAGUUAACGAGUUUCUUUAGCAAUGGUUAUGUGAACAAUUAUGGUGAAAGUUGAGAAAGAUGUCGCAGGUUGCAAUGUAACUCCUGGAUUAAUUCACACUAAAUAUUAGCUCUAUAUUUUGUGCCAAGUUCCGGCUUAAAGUACGGUGUUACUAUUACUUUGCUUGUGCAUAUGAACUGUUGAAUAUUGACUGCAUUGACGAGGGCGUUUGAAUAUAGACAAUUUGCCUUAAAUACACAUGUCAGCUACUGAACACGGUAGGGUGGACAGUUUUUAGAAAGUAUUUGAUAUAAUGCAUGGUAGAAUUUUUUUAUAUAUCUGCUGAUUGCCAUUAGCUAAUAAAGCUGUUGUAACCUCAUGAACGGAAGCAUCAUGUGGGCUUCCCAUUCAACUGUUGGCGAAGCAACUUUUUAAUAUUGUUAAUGACUUUAAAUCAUUUUCAAAUCCUGAUUUUAAGGGUAAUUUGAGAUUUUACUGCUGCUUUAAAUAUCAGUUAGUCAGCUUUCACAUUAUUCUCUUGAAGUUUUGCCAUGAGACUGAACUGAUGAUCAUUUUGAUUCAUAAAUUUAAACACUAACAAAAUUAUAUGUAUGCCCCUCAGAUAACCUCAGCAUUACUUUAGACAGGUUUAAUGAUAUUCAUGCAUCCAUCAGUAAUAUCCUCAUGGAUAUACAAGACCAAAAGACUAGGAGUAGAAUUGGGCCAUUCGGCCCAUCGAGUCUUCUCUGCCAUUCCAUCAUGGCUGAUUUAUUAUCUCUUUCAACCCCAUUCACCUGCCUACUCCCCCUAACCUUCGACGCCAUGACUAAUCAAGAACCUAUCAACCUCCACCUUAAAUAUACUCAAUGGCUUGGCUUGCACUGCUGUCUGCAGCAAGGAAUUACACAGAUUCACUACCCUCUGGCUAAAGAAACAUUUCCUCAUCCCUGGUCUAAAUAGACAUCCUUCAUUUCUGAGUCUGCUCUCAGGCAGACUCCCUCCCUAUAGGAAACAUCCUCUCUACAUCCAUGUUAACCAGACUUUUCAAUAUUUGAUCCAUUUCAAUGAGAUAUUUCUUCUAAACUCUAGCCAGUAUGAAUAAUAUGUCUGUAUCAUAUAUCUAAUACAUUUCAUCACUUCAUUUACAGAAACAAAAUUAUAUCAGAAAUCAUAUGCUAAAAUGAAAUCUAAUGCAACAAGUAAGCAAGUUGAAAAGAAGUUAGUGAUGUGUUUCUAUUAGUGUGUAUUUUAAAGCACUCACGCUGUAGAUCACGUUUGUAAAUGUGUAACAUAUUGCAGUAAUCAAAGUUGAAAUGAUAGACUUUAUCAGAAAAAAAGUAGAGGUAUUUUGUACUUCUUUGGAAGUGAGAGCAAAAAUACCUGUUUUCACUAGUCUUUUCCCUCCUCCCAAUCCCAAAUAGACUCAUAAGGUAGGAAAUCAGAAGAAGCAAGUUAAUCUGCUUUUUGCUUGGACAUGAAAAAUGACCAUGUGGACAAAGUAUCUAAAGGCUACUGCCAGGUUAGAGACUCUAUCCAAGUGUACAGUAACAUUUUCUAGCCAGGAAAUAAGAGAGUUAAGGUUGAUGAAACAAAUGUCAAUUUCAAACAACAAUGAUGUUUACAAAUUCUAUAAAGACAAUUUUACCAACUUGGAUGAAUCAACUCACAGAUGAGAAAUAGAUCACAAUGUUAGUAAUAACAAUGAUAACAUUUAUUUAAUUGUCAGCAUGUUGGACAGCUGUCUAUUAAGGUGAUUAGCUUUAAGAAGCUAGAUUGAUACUGUGAGGAAGAAAAGAGCAAAUAAUUUCCUAAUCCACCUGAAAGAUGGCAAAAGAUUUUUGGGGACACUUAAUUGGAUACUAUCAGCCAAAUAAAUCCACAUUCAAUCUGAUGAUACACAAGGAGCAUGCAGCAUAAAUAGUACUGUGUCAAGUUGUGUACUAGUGGAUGAAAAGUUUACAACACCUGUGGAACAGGUACCCAAAGAUACAAAAGCAUGUAAAUAUUUGAAUAUCUCACUUGUAUAUAAUUUUUAUAAGUGUUAAUGUAAUGUUUAUAUUCAGAACAAAGGGGAAGAAAAUGGUGGUAGUUUUACUUUGUUAUCACUUAUUUUUAUAAUGUAGCAUUUCACAAUUUUGAAGAGAAAUCAAAAAUAAUUAAUGUUUGGAAAUAAAUUUUCUGAUAUAGUGAUUUUGGAUUUUUCUAAAAACUAUAUUGUAUAAUAAGAGAAAAGGAACAAAAUAAAAACCGUUUAUAGU